AUGGCGCAGAUGCAGCGAGAAGAGGUAGAAUCCGUCACAAAGGAGACGACGGAGAAGAAAUUACUACACGGAGGAGGCGGCGGCGGAUCUCAGGUAUCGUCAGCGUUCAAAUUCAACGCUCAGGCGCCGGAAUUCGUACCGCGAUCGCAUACUACCACCGCACCAACACCGCAGGUUUCUCCGAUCUCCGGUUACUUCUACCCUUGCUUCCAUUACAACGGCGGUUGCAUAGGAGGAUGCGGCGGCGGAGUUUGCGGCGGAGGAGGAGGAACCGGCGUCGGUUCUCAGUCUUCCGAUUGGAUCUUCGUCGGAGGAGGAGAUCCUUCUCAGCACCAACACCUUCACGAUCCAGCGGCUGCGUUUUACAUUUCGAAUCCGGCGGUUCAGUUUCCGGCGAAUCAGAACUCCUCUUCUUCGUCGAAGAAUUUGCUCUCCGACGAUCUCCGCCUCAAAAUCGUCAAACAGGUUGAGUACCAGUUCACGGACAUGAGUCUAUUAGCCAAUGAGUCCAUUUCAAAGCACAUAAGCAAAGACCCUGAAGGUUAUGUGCCCAUAUCUUAUAUCGCUUCGACGAAGAAGAUCAAGGCUUUGACGAGUAACCACCAUCUAGUUACAUUGGCUCUACGCUCCUCCUCAAAGCUCGUUGUGAGUGAAGACAGCAAGAAAGUUAAGCGUAAAAUUCCUUUUACUGACAGAGACAGAGAGGAAUUGCAGGCCCGGACUGUUGUUGCAGAGAAUUUGCCAGAUGAUCACUCUUACCAAAACCUUGAGAAGAUCUUUGGAGUUAUUGGAAAUGUCAAGGCGAUCCGUAUCUGUCAUCCUCCAGAGUCCACCUCCUCUCGUCCAAAAGGAGAUUUCUUGAUGAGCAACAAAAUUCACGCCCUUAUCGAGUACGACAACACUGUUAUAGCGGAUAAAGCUGUGGAGAAGCUGAACGAUGAAAGAAACUGGAGGAAAGGACUUCGUGUGAGGUUGCUUCUUAGAUGCUCGCCCAAAUCAGUCCUCAAAAACAGAAGAAACUUCGAUGGCAUCCUCAUCGAUGAUGAAAUCCCUUCCUAUGAAUCAGGAGAAGACUCCCCACGUCUCCAUUUAACCGAACAGCAGCUUGAUAACGACGGUGAUGACAACACUGUUAGUGGACUUUGGGGAAAAGGGAGAGGAAAAGGACGAGGGAGAUCUCCAAGAAGCUAUGCGGUAGGUGGAGGAGCAGGAGGACGUAGCUUCGGGAUUGGACUCGGACUCAGCCUCGGUUCUAUGUCACCGAGCCUAGGCCCACACGAGUCUUCGUCUCCAAAAACAGCAACGAAGGGACCAAGAAUGCCUGAUGGAACCAGAGGCUUCACCAUGGGACGUGGCAAACCUUCAAUCUCACUCUCACCUAACAAUCUCUGAAUAAUUCCCUUUCAACGAGACUACAAUUUAUUAUAUAAUAGAGAUAAAAGCUAUAGAGUUAACCAAAUAAUACAUGUGGGUUGGUUUUUUAAGAUAUGGGUUCACAGAAGCAAGGACAUGAUGGAGGAAGUCGCUAGCUAUAAUGUAUGAACUACAAAGGCAUG